AUGAGUAGACUGCCGCUGAAACUGGAAGCGCAGCAACAGAGGGGCCAGAUCUCACAGGUGCAGAGAGUCCAGUUCCGGAAACCACGUAUCCGCUUCAGGACCGUCGCUACAACUGCCAUCGCCGUAUAUGUCUGCUAUCACAUCUACUCCAAGGUUGUGCUUGAUCCGUUGGAGCGUGCUGCCGUUGAAGCGAUGAAGGAUAUCCCCGAAGAACUUACAGAGGAAGAUCACAAGCCGAUGUUUAUUCCAUUUCCAGGGACUACGAAACAGCUGAAGCCAAAGCCAUAUCGUGGAAGCGAUCCAGAAUGGCAGGAGUUUAUUAAAUUCAGCAAGGACCAGAAACUUGCACAAAGAGUCAGAGAGGAACUUGCAAACUAUGUUCAGCAAGUUGCGCUUCGGCAUCCAGUUCUAGCAAUACGGUGUGGAAAACAGAUGAAGUUAAGGCGGUAUUGGCUGGAUGUUGAUUUCCCUCAACAUGCCCCUCCCGAGUUUGAGCGAUCGGGGAUAGAAGUUGGCGACGAUUAUAUUACCUGGGGAACACAGCCUGUCGACUCCCUCACCGUGUUCAGACUCCGUCAAGCUUUGUGGCCAUCGGCGUUGAUCAAAUCGUUUUGGAGCUUCACCAAAGUCAUGAUUGUCGACGAUGUAAAAAGAAUCGCAGGGAUACUCGGAAUUAGAUCUAGUCCACCACCGCCUUCACUCGAGCAAUUGCUUGCUCGACACCAACAACUCAUGAAAGGGUCUCAGAUCCCAUCAAAGGAUGGCCCUCCAGCACUACCUCAACCUGCUGGUGAUGCCACGAAGGCGAUCACUGCAGCCACACCAGCCGAGAAAUCCACUGUUACCGGGAAAAAAGAAAACGAAAACGAAAUGGAAAUCUCAGCUGCUGCGAUGGCUUUUCACGGACAUUUCUUCCGUGCCAUCAUGGCAUUCAAGGCCAAAAUGGCCCAAACCUGGCGGCCUGCACCGAACUACCCACCGAAAGGAAGUAUUUUAGUGUCCGGAUUGGUGGAAUUGGACUCGCCGAAAGCCUGGUUAGUCUUCGAUGUGAAGGCUGCUUGGGAUCCGAAGACAAGAUCGUAUGAUGCGAGGAGUAUGCAUCUUCAACUCAGACGGAUGCAGUUGAAGAAGCAGGGGCCUGUUGGUGGAGGAUAA